AUGUGUUUGAACUUCUCUUCGCAGCAUUGGCUGUGGAGCAUUAUUUUGAGUUGCAAGGCAUCUUCGGAGGGUGGGGCGGCGGCCACGGGCCUCGCGCUGUAUUACCUCCUUAGAGAUGACGGGUCAGGCCGCAAAGAGAACGAGGCGGAGGCGAAGAAGUUCAACAAGAACGAGGCAACCAAGGAGCAGGUGUUGUUGGUGCUCCGGGAUAUCCUGAGCACUCAGGAGAAGAUGAAGGGGCUGAUGAAGGAGUUCACUCAGAAGUUCGUCGAAGGCGACUACACUUUUGAGGAGGCAUGCGCCAUGGUGGCGAAGGAGCACCCGGAGGAUCCGCUGGCCCGCUAUGGCUUGACAAUGACUAGUUUUGAUCAACUACUUGACAAGUUCCAGCAAGAUCCUGAAGUGAAGCAGGCAGUGCUGAGUAUCAUGGGCGCCGCCUCAACUCCAACGCCCACUAGCGAAGCGUACCAGAUGACGACAGACCGUCUGAUAAAGGUGCACGAGUUCAUGAGGGACGAGUUGCAGAGCUUAACAGCAGAGGCUGGGUCAUGGCCCAACGGCAGGGCUGACACCAAGGUCAUAACUCUGGCCGCGCAAGCAUACGUGGGUGCGAAAGUACAGAAGAAGUUUGGGUUGACUGGAGAGGAUAUUGAGGGUGCAGUGCUCAUCAACCACAAGGAUCUUGCGUCGAACGCCAACUUUACAAUGGUCAACAUCGCCAUACAGAAGACUAUGAACGAUUUGAUCGAUGCCGACGCGUAG